GAAAUUAAAAAAAAAAAGAAGGGAAAAUGAAAUCCGGGAAAGGAUCAAAGUCAGUCAGGCAGUUUUUCGGUACGUUAGCAGGCCAGGGAAGCAUCGAAAAAGGGGAAACGUCAAAAAAUUGCCAACUGGACUAGUAGCCGAGCCUAAACCGAUGAUGACCCAAGCCACCAGCCAGCCCACCUCACGCGCUCUCCCUCUCACAUAUCCCCGGCGACCCUAUUAUUCCCUUUCCCUACUCUCACGCUCCUCUCAUGUGUCGGCCGAGUCAUCGCCGAACCCACCCAACCCUUACCUCUUUUUUUCUAUAACCCCCCAACCCACCUUUUUCUUUUUUGUCUUUCUCCCUAUCAUUUAACCUAAAUCAAACGCCACCCCUACCUCUGUUUUUUCAAUCUCCCUUUUUCAAUGGCCGAUCUUACCGAUUCCGUUAUGCAGUCAGCUGUAAUCACCCCUCCUUCAACCACACCUAACACCCGCACGUUACCUGUACGUGAGGAUUGUUGGUCUGAGGAAGCUACGUCUACCCUUGUUGAUGCUUGGGGUCGUCGUUAUGUUGAGCUUAAUCGUGGGAAUCUCCGUCAGAAGGAUUGGCAAGAUGUGGCUGAUGCUGUUAAUGCUCUUCAUGGUCAUACUAAGAAAACCCAUCGUACCGAUGUGCAGUGUAAGAACCGGAUUGAUACCAUUAAGAAAAAGUAUAAGAUCGAGAAAACUAGGGUAAGUUCUUCUAAUGGAACCCUAACAUCGUCUUGGCCUUUCUUUGAACGGUUGGAUGCUCUUAUUGGAUCUAAUUUUGCUGCUAAGAAGCUUUCGACGUCGCCUAAGAUAUCACCGAAGCCGUCGCCGAGGUUGUCACCGAGGAUCCCGGGAUCUCCUCCUGUGGCUCUUCCGCUUUUGCUUCCGUACAGGAGGACUCCUCCGGCGCCCACUGCUAUUGUUGCUCUUCCCCAGAAGAGGCCAGCUGUGGACGAUGGGUAUUUCAAGAGGAACUAUUCUGCUGUUGCUGCUGCUGCGGCUGCUGCUGCUGCGGAAAGUGAUGAGGAGGAGGGUGAGGAAAGCGAGGGAGAGGAAAGUGAAGGAGAGGGAGAGGAGAGGGAAGGGAUGAAGAGAUUGGCAAGAGCUCUAGAAAGGUUUGGUCAAGUGUAUGAAAGAGUGGAAGGGGAGAAGCUGAGGCAGAUGGUUGAAUUGGAGAAACAAAGAAUGCAAUUUGCUAAAGAUUUGGAAGUGCAGAGGAUGAGGAUGUUUAUGGAUACACAGGUGCAGCUCGAAAAGAUCAAGCGUGGCAAACGAUCCUCGGGUUCCAGUGAUAUUUAUAGCUAGCCGAGUGGGGAAGAGUUUUGACAGUGGGAAAAGGCAUGAAGAACAUAAAUAUUUGACUUUUAAUACUCAUCCCUUGAAAGUAUAUAGUUAUACUUAUUGUAGCAGAUACUGGACUCAGAACUCACAAGAUAACCGGCAGUUGGCAGAUAAAUAUUGCCUGAGGUUUUUGAAGUUCCUUUAUUUUGCCUUUCGCCCUUCAUUUGGGGACCACAAAAAAAGAAAAAAAACUGAAAGUUGUAAUUUAAUUUGGUCCAUUGUCCUUUGUUUUAGUUGUUGAGUCUCCUUUAAACUAAUUACCUUUUUUUUUUUUUUUGUAAGUUGUGUUUGUUGGUUGCAAUGUAAAAGAUUAGGUUGUAUUCAGAAACUCUUUUGUGUUCAAUAUUGCUCUCUUUUGAA